UCUCCGGGAAGCACCGGGACUGCUGCCGCUUCCUGCUUUCGCCGUCUGUCUCGUACCGUGUUCCCGCAGCGGACCUUUGGUGUAAAAAAAUCAACAUGUCGAGCAAAAAAGCAAAGACGAAGACCACCAAGAAGCGCCCUCAGCGUGCCACUUCCAAUGUAUUUGCAAUGUUUGAUCAGUCACAGAUUCAAGAAUUCAAGGAGGCCUUCAACAUGAUUGACCAGAACAGGGAUGGCUUCAUUGACAAAGAGGACUUGCAUGAUAUGCUUGCCUCCCUUGGAAAGAAUCCAACAGAUGAAUACCUAGAUGCCAUGAUGAAUGAGGCUCCAGGACCCAUAAACUUCACGAUGUUCCUCACAAUGUUUGGUGAGAAGUUAAAUGGCACAGACCCAGAAGAUGUAAUCAGGAAUGCUUUUGCUUGCUUUGAUGAAGAAGCAACAGGGUUCAUCCAAGAAGAUUACCUGCGAGAGCUGCUGACAACAAUGGGAGACAGGUUCACAGAUGAAGAGGUAGAUGAGCUGUACAGAGAGGCACCCAUUGACAAAAAGGGGAAUUUCAACUACAUUGAAUUCACACGUAUCCUGAAACAUGGAGCAAAAGACAAGGAUGACUGAGCAAAUCUCUGAGUACCUGCAGAUAGCUUUUUCGGUUUUUUCCCCCAUUAAUUUUAUUUCUCAGGAUCUGUUUUUUCUUUUUUUUUUUUUUUCUUUUUUUCUUGUUGGAACUUUUGCAUACAUUUUCAGCAUUCCAGCUUUUUCUCUGUGAACUUUGGGGCUGCUCAGGCAUGCCUGCGCCUUUGUAAGAAGACUGGAAAUGGGCAGGGAGAGGGGACAGCUUACAGUGAUAGACUGAGGGACAAAUAUUAGUGACUGUGGAGGCCCAGGAAGAAAUAUCACUCCUAGCUAGAUUAAUUUUACACUUUUAAUGGUAACUUUUCAAAUAAAACAUUGCUAUAUUAAGUACAUCAUUAAAAUUCUCAUGCUAGAAGUGGAAUGUUCAUCUACUCAUAUCUGUAAAUAUUUUUGCAACUGUGUGCAGUUGUGUUGUUACCUAUUUCUGCCUUAAAAAUGAAGCAUAAGUCACUUAAGCUUACUGAUGCUUGUACUUUAGCAACUGUGUACUUCACUUAAUACUGUGAGCAUACAGAAUGAAGAAAUUCUCAUCCUUCAAAUUUCAGUACAUUAUAAAUCAAUGAUUUCUGUCCAAGCUUUGCACAUUAAACUUUCUAAAUUUUACAGAUGUAAUUUAGGGGGUAUUGUACUAAUUUAGUACCUCAAUUUCUAGACACUGAGUACAUUAUUAAUACUGCUUUUUUUAAAAUUUAUAUGGUAAAUCCUGGAGUUUUCUUAAAAAAAGAUACUGUGUUUGAGUAGAAGGUGUGACACUUCUUACCAGAUCUGCAGGGCUGACAAUACAGAAUUCAUUACUUUUCAUUACAACUCUUUUUUUUUCUCUCUCUUUUUCUUUUUCUUUCUUUCUCUUCCCAUUUACUUUCAAAGCACAGUGAGAAUGGGGCUGGAGAAAGAAUGAAGGUACCCUGUCUCUGGCCUUCUUGUUUCCUCUCUGAAAAUGUUACUCUUGCUUUCCAAAUGAAGCAGUGCACCAUAUGUUGCUAAGAGGGUGCUCUGGGUGGGUAAGAGGGAGACAAUCAUAUUAGUUCCACUUUCACAUCAUUAAUCUUGUGGGUUUUGGGGCAGGGAAUGCACUUUUUGCAGUACUCCAAAGCAACUUUGCCAUAAUUGGAAUACCUGUGGUUCUGUUUUUUUUGGUCUUGAGAGAGGGUGAUCAGAUCUGCUUCUGUCAUUUCUAGGGUUUACAGUGUUAACACUUAAGAAUUUAGUCAUUUGGAUGAGAGAGCUUUGAUGUGUCUUGGUAGGCUGCUAUUGUGAACUGAAUUUUUAAUAAAUUUCAUUAGUGGACAGUGAUUCUUGCUUUAGAAAUAAAACUUUUUGUUCAUGAAUAAGAAAAUACAGGACUCUUUUGAGAAGGACACUACCAUAAAAAUUGUUCCCUCGUACCUUUAAGAGGCUUCUGAAGCUUCUGCUCUGCCCGAGUCCCAGUAGCUUUGCAGAAGAAUGGCAAGUGGGAAAGUUGCUGAAAAACAGAAGACAGUAGAAAAGGGUUCAGAACUCUUUCAGAGAAGACAGAAAGAAAUCUAAAUGCUUCAAAAAUAACGGGUUUCUUCUCAGUUUCUCUAAGCUGCUCUUUUUGCCGAGAAUACUUACAUUUAGAGGGGGUAGAGAUAGAAAACCUAAAAAAAAGGACUUCUGUAAACUCAUCCGUGAAACCAGUUUUGCUGUGUCUGAAGGAGAGCGGGCUGUCCUUUGCAGGGAAUUCGAGGCCAAUGUCCAGAACCAUCAGUAGGUGGCAUCGCAGCUCCUAGCACUGACUUAGUUGAGGAACAAAUGGCUCCCAACACACUUUUUUGGGUUUUUUGUUUGUUUGGUGGUUUUUUUGGGUUUUUUUUGGUUUUUUUUAGUUUGGGUUUGUUUUUUGUUUUGUUUUUUUGUUGUGGGCUUUUUUUUGAGCCCUGAAGACCUCAUUUGAUGCAGUGUAUAGAGGAAAAUACUGUCAAUUUCCACAGCUCUGCUCCUACCACAGCAAAGACCAAUUCUUUUGGGAUUUUUUUUCAAAUUGCAGUUUUUGUCUGUGCUGAAUUUUAAUCAAGCUCUCUCCUUACAUUAGGGAGAAAAAAAGGUAUCUGCAAGCCGUCGUUACAGCCAUGUAUGUACAAACACAUGUGGUGUAUGUUUGAAAAAGAUUGGGUUUCAAAAGGACUCCAGGCCUUCCUUGUAACUCAAACCAGAUACACUGCUCACGCAUUUCAUUUCUCACUAUCUCAGUCAGUGCUCUUGUGUUGUACGAUUAGCUUUGAAAAUCUACCCCAAAUUCAAAUUUAUGUGUUUGCAUAACUUUAUUUACAUAUGAAAGGCUAAAACCUGUGAUGGAAGCUAAACUGUUGAGACUCAGAGUGAGGCAGCUGGUAUUUAUCUACAGCAAUAAAUGCCAAUCGUUAAACCCUC